CCGCCACCCGAGCUGCCCCCGCUGCUGACGCCCUCCGCCGAAGCCCAGAUGGUGCAGUCGUUGGGCUUCGCCAUCUACCGGGCGCUGGACUGGGGGCUGGAUGAGAACGAGGAGCGGGAGCUGAGCCCGCGGCUGGAGCAGCUCAUCGACCUGAUGACCAACAGCGACUCGGAGGACAGCGGCUGCGGCACGGCCGACGAGGGCUACGGGGGGCAGGAGGAGGAGGAGGAGGGGGGCGAGGGGCCGCCGCGCGCCGUGCGCACCUUCGGGCAGGCCAUGCGGUGCUGUGCCGCCCGCCUGGCCGACCCCGCCGAGGCCCAGGCGCACUACCAGGCCGUCUGCCGGGCUCUCUUUGCCGAGACCGUGGAGCUGAAAGCCUUCCUCGCCAAGAUCCGUGAUGCCAAGGAGAUGCUGCAGAAGCUGAAGGAGGAUGAGGAGGCGGAGGAGCGGCCGGCGGCGGAGCUGGGCAGCCUGCGCAACACCGACUGGGCCCGGCUGUGGGUGCAGCUGAUGCGGGAGCUGCGGCACGGCGUGAAGCUGAAGAAGGUGCAGGAGAAGCAGUUCAACCCCCUGCCCACCGAGUACCAGCUCACCCCCUUCGAGAUGCUCAUGCAGGACAUCCGCGCCCGCAACUACAAACUCCGCAAGGUCAUGGUGGACGGAGACAUCCCGCCCCGGGUGAAGAAGGACGCCCACGAGCUCAUCCUCGACUUCAUCCGCUCCCGGCCUCCACUGAAGCAGGUGUCGGAGCGGCGGCUGCGGCCCCUGCCCCAGAAGCAGAGGACACUCCACGAGAAAAUCCUAGAGGAGAUCAGGCAGGAGAGGAAGCUUCGGCCCGUGGAGACGCCGUACCGCAGCCAGAAAGGCUACAGCUCCCUGCCCUGCAUCCCCCACGCCUGCUCGGACCGCCUGGCCUCCAGCUCCUGCCUCGAGCUCUCCCGGCCCCCGGCGAGCACCGCGCCGGUGCACCCACGGCCCCGCGUCCUGCUCAAGGCGCCCACCCUGGCCGAGAUGGAGGAGAUGAACAUCUCCGAGGAGGAGGACUCUCCGGGCACGGAGAUGCCGCUGAAGCGGGACCGCUCCUUCUCUGAGCAGGACCUGGCGCAGCUGCAGAGCCAGCUGGGGGGCGGCCAGGCUGCACCCCAGGAGCCGGAGCCGCUGCAGCCCGAGCCCCGGCCCCGCUCAGGUACCUGCCGCAGCUCCCCGGGCUCCGUCCCCGCCAGCUGCCACCCGCUGCCGGAUGGCUCAGCACCGCCCCGGGCUGCCCUCGGCGCCGUGGAGGAGAGGCCGGAGGACGGAUCCGGCGCUGUCCCCGGCACCAGCUCCAAGCAUCUCUGGCUGGAGUUCAGCCAUCCCGUGGAGAGCCUGGCCCUCACCGUGGAGGAGAUGAUCAACGUGCGCAGGGUGCUGGUCAAGGCCGAGAUGGAGAAGUUCCUGCAGAGCAAGGAGCUGUACAGCAGCCUACGGAAGGGCAAGGUCUGCUGCUGCUGCAGGGCCAAGUUCCCCCUCUUCUCCUGGCCCGCGGCGUGCCUCUUCUGCAAGCGGUCUGUCUGCGGCUCCUGCAGCCUGAAGAUGAAGAUGCCUUCCAAGAAGCUGGCUCACAUCCCCGUCUACGCGCUGGGCUUCGAGAGCCUCCCGGGCUCGCUGCUGGCCAAAGCCCUGCCGCUGCGGAGGAGAGAGACCUUCCACUCGCUCCCGGGCACGUGCUGGCGCCGGGUGGAAGAGGAGUUCCCCCACAUCUACGCCCAGGGCUCCGUCCUGCGCGACGUCUGCAGCGACUGCGCCGGCUUCGUCACCGACGUCAUCUGCUCCAGCCGCCGCAGCGUGGCCGUCCUCAACGCCGCGCCGCGCCGCGCCACCAAGGCCCGCUCCCUCUACGGCGACUCCUGGCACAAGUGAAGGGCCCGGCGCGGGGAUGCCGGCCUCCCCGGCGCAGACCCCGCUAGCGGCCACCCGGAUGUACAUAUAUAUACAUAGGAUGUAUACAUACAGCCUCUAUAUUUAUAUAUCUGACGGACCAGGGGGAGGCGAGGACUGGCGGCACGGCGGAGCGCCUGCCGUGCCCGCCGUCCCCUCCCGUCCCCGCCACCGGCGGGAUGCUGGCACAGCCCCCGAGGGGACGGAUCCUGCGGCGGGGCGCCCGCAGCCGCCAGCCUUUGCUACCCCCGGCCCCGCUUCUGUGCCAAGC